CAAGUUAUGCGGAACUUGUAGUCCCGGUCGAUGUGUGUUUUGUUGUGGCUUCCUUUCUGCUCAACAUUCAGCCCACUUGAGGUUCAAGGCGGAUGUCAAAAGUGUUCAAAGUUGAGUUGCCAGACCCACAACAGUCUUCGCUUGUCAGACAUGAAGUUUAACGGCCAUAUUAGCCUGCGAAUCGGAGAGGCGGUGGACCUGAAACCGACUACUUUCUCACGGCGCCACUCCAUGAUUUUCCUGAAGAACGCCCCGGCCCUGGACCCUUACAUCGUCCUCAAGGUGGACGACGCCAAAGUGGGACAGACUCACACCAAACAGAAAACCAACACGCCGACCUACAACGAGGACUUCGCUUUCUUAGUGCGAAACGGUCAACACAUCGAGGUGGCCGUCUUCAACGACACUCCCAUCGGAUAUGAUGACUUUGUGGCCAACUGCACCAUCCGCUUUGAGGACCUCAUGAAGACCUCCAACACGGGGGAGGUCUUUGAGGGAUGGAUGGAAUUGGAGCCUGAAGGCAGGAUUUACAUCUUUAUUAAGCUCAAUGGAUCCUUCAUCGAUGAUGAGGCCACAGAGAAAAAAAAACCCCACAAAGAGUUCACCAGGAACCGCCAUGGCGCUGUGAGACGGAAAGUCCACCAGGUCAACGGGCACAAGUUCAUGUCCACUUUCCUUCGCCAGCCCACUUUCUGUUUCCACUGCAAAGACUUUAUCUGGGGCGUUUUUGGAAAGCAGGGCUACCAGUGCCAAGUGUGUACAUGUGUGGUUCACAAACGCUGCCACCAACAGGUUGUCACUGUGUGUCCACGCAUGAAGUCACAGCCUGCAUGUCCGGGAUUCAGCAUCAACAUCCCUCACCAGUUCAGCAUUCACAAUUACAAGUCGCCUGCUUUCUGCAAUCACUGUGGAUCACUGCUGUGGGGAUUUGUCAAGCAGGGUUUGCACUGCAAAGUCUGUAAAAUGAAUGUUCACAUCCGAUGUGAAAGCAAUGUUGCGCAGAACUGUGGAGUCAACAAUGUUGAACUGGCCAAAAUGUUGACAGAGAUGGGCAUGCCGCCUGGAGAACUCUCCCAAAACACCCCAAAUCCAAGUGUUCGUCCAAUAAAAAAGCCUUCAGAAAGGAGGAAGAGUGUUAAGUCUCAGCCGGAGAUCCCUCAUUUUUGCAUCUCAGAUUUCACGUUUCUCCAAGUGCUUGGCAAAGGCAGCUUUGGCAAGGUGGGAAAGACAUGUUAUGGUGACUGUGUUGGGCCGACCUUCCCGAUGGCUGUAAAUGUGUGUGUGUGUAUCUUCUGUCCACAGGUGAUGCUUGCAAAGCUAAACAAGAACGAUCGAGUUUUUGCAGUCAAGGUGCUGAAAAAGGACAUUAUCAUGCAAGAUGAUGAUGUGGAGUGUACCAUGACUGAAAAGAGAGUCCUGUCGCUCGCAAGCUGUCACCCAUACCUCACACAGUUGUACUGCUGCUUCCAGACAUUGGACCGCCUCUUCUUUGUAAUGGAGUUUGUAAGCGGUGGGGAUCUGAUGUUCCACAUCCAGAAGUCCAGGAGAUUCGAAGAGCCACGGGCGAGUUUCUACACGGCAGAGAUCACUUCAGCGCUCAUGUUCCUGCAUGGCAAAGGCAUCAUCUACCGGGAUCUCAAGCUAGACAAUGUUCUCCUCGACAAGGACGGCCACUGCAAGCUGGCAGACUUUGGCAUGUGCAAAGAAGGCAUCUUUGAUGCCAUCGGAGCCAGAACUUUCUGUGGCACCCCUGACUACAUUGCCCCUGAGAUCCUCCAGGAGAUGCUCUAUGGACCCUCUGUUGAUUGGUGGGCACUCGGUGUGCUGUUGUACGAGAUGCUGCAGGGCCACGCGCCCUUUGAGGCCGAAAAUGAAGACGACCUCUUCGAGGCAAUCCUCAAGGAAGAGAUUUCUUAUUCACCCUGGCUGAGCGUGGAGUCCGUCAGUAUACUAAAAGCUUUGCUGACCAAAAACCCAAACCGGCGCCUUGGUUGUGUGGCAACAGAGGGCGGAGAAAAUGCUGUGACCAGCCAUGCCUUUUUCAGGAACAUCAACUGGGAGAAGCUCAAUCGCAGAGAGAUCGAGCCACCGUUCAAGCCCAAAAUAAAAACACCACAGGACGUCAACAAUUUUGACCCAGACUUUACGAGGGAAGAGCCCACCCUCACGCCCAUUGACAACCCUCACAUCGCUGCCAUCAGUCAGGAGGAGUUUGAAGACUUUUCAUUCACUUCGCCUGAGAUGCAGGAGACUUAAUCUUUGUCUGAUGCAGUCUUAGUGGUACAGUAUGACUCUGUUACAUUCCUCACAGACGUGCGAGUGGAGUCACUCAAACACGUGUUUGUCAAGAAAUAUGACUGGACAAACACUCUCAAAUGGCUUUUGGUUUGGACUGCAAUAAGGCAUGAUAGGUCGCAUUGCAUCUAGCUCUUUAUGGAAAGUUUGUACUUGUAGAUAUUUUUUGCCAAACUGUAUGUUCAUUUUUCCACUGCUCUUGUCCCACUGUUUGAAUGAGCUUGCAGUUUUAUAGUUGACAUUGUAUGGUAUGAGUCUGUUUAUUGUGCUUUCAUUUCGACUGGAAUGCCAGCACUUCCCAGAAAGCUUCCAGUUUGAGUCCCGGAACAACUGACCAGUGGUGUGUGUGUGUGUGUGUGUGUGUGUGUAAUAAUUUCUCAACCAAUAUGCAAAUAAAAGUCCCUUCAAACUUAUGUAACUUUGACUUUUCAAUGUAUUGAUAAAACAAACAAAAUGAUUAACACACUGACCAAUUAUUUAGGCAAAUAAUUUUUUUAUGCGAUUAAUAAGUGGUAGUAGUUCACUCAGCUGACUCUGUAGAACAAGCGUGGGUUCUGUUUCCACACAGUAACAGUGUGAAUGUGAAUGAAUUGUUGUGUGUGUGCGCCCUGUGAUUGACUGCAAUCACCCCACCUCUCGCCCAAAGUCAGCUAAGGUGGGCUCCAGCUUUCGUGUGACUCUGAACAAGAUAAGUGUUACAGAAAAUUGGAUGGAUUUUUUUGUUGAAUGAUGGAUGUCUUGAAUGAGUAUCUUCUGGAUGAAAACGUCAGAACGUGCCAAAGACUGUAAAAUGUGUUGAGAGAUGCAUUAAGAAUUUUCGUUCUUUUUCUUUUUCUUUCUAAAAGUGUACAAGCGUCUCUGACAGGGUUGAGUCCCCCACUACUCCCCGAAAAACGGACUUUCUGGAGCAUAUAUUUUUCUGCACACCCCAGCCUCUGUCUACUCUCACUAAAAGAACUAAAAGUCAAUUUAUAUUGCCUUUAACACAACAGAAGUUAGGGUUGAAAAAGAUGUUUUUCCCUAUUUUUACCAAGCUGCUGUGUCACCUCCAAAGUCUUUUGGCACCUCCCAGGGGAGGCCCAUCUAUUACUUCAAAAACUGUUUUCGAUUAUGCUAGAACAAAUGCAGAAUUGUCAGAUCAAAUCAGGCAUAGAAAUAUAAUUUUCAGAAAUAAAAAAACAAUGAAAACAUUGACUGUUUAUCAUUAAAAGCUCAAACACAGUUUGAGUGUUUUUCCACUUUACUGUGUCGUUUCCACCCUGUGAUACCUAUUCAACAUAAAAAUCAAAUCACUUGAACUCUGAAGUUUGACCAUCACACUACAGUAUAGCAAAAACAUGUCAGCCAUUGAAAUGCAUUGCUGCAUGUUGAUGAUGAUGCAGCAUUUCAUUUGUGCUGAGAGCUUGGUGGUGAUUCAUGACAACUGCCAAGUUUGGGAAUUUUUGGAGAUUGCGCCAUGUGGUCACAAAGGAAUAAUGCUUGUGUCAUACUGAAUUUUUUCCAAGCGGCAAUCAUCAUGUUGGUGCUCUCUUAGACUUUGCUUCAACAAAGCAACAAACGUUUUGCAACCUUUCAGAAGACUCGAAAACUUUUUUCAAACCUGUCAAACCAGGAAAUAAAUCAUACACAGUUGAAGCAUAGAGGAGUCAUACAGAGUUGAAACAUUUGACUUUUCUUUGCAGUCCAUGCCAAAAGAAACAGGCUCAUCAUCUGGUGAGUUCAGUGGGAACCGGUGAAGAAUAAACAGGAAACCACAUGGCUUAAUUACCAUCACCUUUGAUCAAAAUAGGAAAACAUUAGAGGGCUGGAGGACACUUGAAAGCAAUGUAUCUCUUGCAGGUCAUAAAAGUACAAUAUUUUUAAAGAAGAAAACCAAAGGAAGUCUUUCUUUACUUAGAGAGGAAUCUAGAAUAACGCUACUGGAGCCCCACGAUGAACCUGGACAACUAUUUCAGGGACCAUGACUCUAAUUGGUGCUUGUUGACCUUCAAUAUUGAGUAUUUUGUGCUCUCUUUCGCCCUCUGAGUGGCAUUAUGCCACUUCUAUUCUCAGGGUGUUGAAUUGAUCGCAAAUGGACUAUACUAGUGCAGUCGAUUCAAUGCCCUGAGAAGUGGCAUUAUGGCAAUAAAACAAUUUACAACAUUUUAACUCUUAAGAAAGCCUGGGGAUAUGUUGUCCCAUUCUUUUUUUUUAAAGCCAUUUUGAUUGUGUUGAAUUGAAAUUGAAACACCUAUGUGUGUUUCACCAGGAAGCUGAGGUGUUGCCAGGCGACGGAGGAGUGUGUCCAAGCUCUGCCUUCUAGGUUCUGUCACUAGACAGGGUCUGGGUUGCAUUGUGGACGGGUAUAUGCAGCUUUCAGACCCGCAUUGCAUUGCACGGCCGUACGGAGGCGGCUUUCCACUCGCGCUCGCCUGCGCGGCAGAUACUUAACCUUUGUUGACCGCUUGUAAUUAAUUACCAAAUAAAUGCAUGACACAAGAAACACUUCCUGCCUUUCACUUUUAAUGCACACACCUACUCACUAAAUAUAGUGACCAAUGUUACUGACCUGCUAUGCAUGACGUCUGUUAUGACCUUUAGUUAUGGUAGCUACAGCACCAUUAUUAAUGUUGAUGGUGAUUCUAACGGUGAUUAAGGGUGCAGACAAGUCAAAUAUACGUGUUUUGAUCUGACAAAUCUUAAGUAACUUUGAUCAAAUGUAGAAUUGCUACAGCUUCUGCUUGGACAUUAACAAGGCACCGCAGCUGUUCAACUCCAUUGGACAAAAACAGCCACACGUAACACGCUGACACUGACAACACCAGGUAGGUUGGAUUUCAAGGUUUAAAGUGUGCAUAAAGCACUUUAGGUGCCUCACAAUAAUCCCUCGCGCACUGCCGCUUCCUUAUUAUACUGUAUUAUAAUUCAUGGCAGUGAUGCCAUAGUUCACACUCUGAUUGGCUUCCGGUUGCCUUGUUCUCACAAAAUAGCUUUUCUCCAAACGAGAAAUCGCAUCAUGUUUUAACACCGCAACAUUUCUACACCCCUAGUAAACAGUAAAGAAGCAGAGGUCGACGAUUACCACCAGACUCCCAUCAAGUUGCCAUUUAUGUACUUCCUAAAGUUGUGAUGCGAGCAAUUUAAAAGUUGUGGAAAUCUCGUGAAGUUCUCGUACCAUACACGCUGAAGAGAUGUAGGAGUUGUAUGAAAAUGAAACAAGGGAUAACUUAAAAACACAGCAAUCUCAUAAUAUGGCACUUCCACAUCAUGUAGAAGAAUAGAACAACAUUUUAAGCAUAUACAUAAGUCUGAAAACGUAAAAAAAAAAGCUGUUUUUCUGGUUAUAUCUACUACUACUUCAACCUGAGAAUCCUUCUGAAAUACAUUUUAACAAAAAAAAAGUAUUGAUCCGAAGUGCUCAUUGACAACAAACUAAUCCCCGAUACAUUGAACUCCCUCAGGGAUGGCUGCUGUGUGCAGCAAUUUAAAGAAUAGGAGUGGAUGAAAUGGCCCC